AGAAGAUCAAAAGCAGAAAUGAGCAGCAAGAAAAUGAUACCGCUCCUCUCCCUCUCGCUGCUCCUGGGCAGUGCCCUGGCGUUCCAGCAGCCCAUGCGCCCACAGCACAUCAACACUGGUACUACAAAAGUCCGGUCAAGCAUCCCACAAACCUUGGAUAUCCCUUCCACCCCGCUUCACGAGGAGGUCAUUGCGCCGUCUGUCUCUGAAAUGGAACCUGUCACGCCAAUCAAGAAGAAGCUCUCAUUGAAGACAUGGAAGCGACGUCUCAACACUAAAGAGGACCAGUUUUCUGUGCACAAGAUCUCGAGUGCUGCGUUUGUCGUUUCCUCUACUGUCAUCCUCGGUGGAAUGUUGAUGCCUACAGAACAAGGAUUUUUUCAGGAAGUCCCAUCUUGGCUUAGCCCAUUCGAUGCCAUUUUCACGUUGUCCACAAGCGUUCAGGCUUUGGCUGCGAUCCCCAUGAUUCUCAAGCACCGCAAAGUAGAUCCCAAAGUUGGUAAGACGCAAAUAGAAAUGGGAUUGGCUUCUACGGUGCUUGUAGUUUUCUCGACCUGGGAGUCGCCUUUCUGUCCAUCACUUCUUGAAGACCACUGGAAGACUAUCUUUAGCCUUCUCAUUGUUUCUCUGAUCGUGAUGGAUUUUAGCGCUGCUGUGACCGACUAUGAUGAAAUUCAAGAUCGCAUGACCUAUAUUGGAGUGUCGAAACCUACCAACAUAAUUGAACAGGCCCUUCAUCAACUUUGCUUUCGCGGCCAAUUCAUAUUGGGUUGCGGGCUGAACGUGGUCUUCAUUGUCAACUUUCUUAACCCAGCCUUGGAUCGGGCAGACUGGCUUCACUUGAUUGAGACUGGUUAUGGUCUUCCCUUUUGCUCUGGAGCUGACAUGCCAUUGAUUUACUUUUCAACCGUCUUGUCCAGCGUGGUAGUCUCUUAUCAGAGCUUGUUGGCAACUUUGGCAAACAAAAAGUUGAUCCCGGCGGACACUGCGACCAAUGUGAUGGUGCUGCAGGUGUCAUCUUUUGCUGCAGGUGUCAUCUUUGCUGCCCUAUUUCAACUGCUGUUUGCCAGGUCUCGUUAUGGAUAG